AACUGACGAAGGAAGGAGCCGUUCUAUAAAAUUAUUCUCACUGCUACUACUGCUUCAGGAUACGACUUUACCCGCAAAUUUGAUUUGGAUGUAUCCGAAAUUUCGAAGAAACCUGCAUAUCAACAAUUUUUCUUAAGUUUGCAAGAUGUCUGUGAGGCACAUAGAUUUCCUAAAGAUAAAGCCAUCAAAAUGUCUGAUGGUGGAAAUAAGGCCAGUUAGGUGUUAUGUUGAAACAUCAUCUGGGAAGACAAAAACGGCAAAAUGGAUGUCCUAUGAGCAUUGGAAGGAAUUACGCAUACUGCUAAAUGACAUAACUACCUCAUAUGAAGAGUCAAAGAUGAUUGGGUCUACAGGAGAAAUUAAGUGUAAUGAAUACAAGAUGAAGGAUGGUCAAAACAUUAAAAUUGGGUACAUGUUUGUUGCACAUAACUCUUACCAGUGUCACUUCUUGAUGCCAAAAGAUAAUGCCACGUGGACUGAUGAUGAGGAUGAUGAUGAUGAUGCUGAGGAAUAUCAGAGACUAAAAGACAAAGGUGGUAAAUAUAGAGCACUGAUACCAUGCGCAGAAAGACUUGUAGUAAGUGUUCGUCUACAAAGCCAGGCAUCCCAACUUGAGAUUCCUGCAGAUAAACAGCUGUUCAAGACACUAGACAGUUCAUUUGUGGUAACAAAUACUAUCUCAGAUUACUUUUCAUCAAGUCAGAAACAAUGUAUCGACUCAGAGUCUUCAUCUUUGCAACUUCGGUGUAAUGAGCGAAAAAAGGUGAAAAACAUGACUGUUAAGCCCAAGCAGAAAUCCCUAGUUCUCCCUCCUGACUCUGACCAGAAUAAAAGGUUGCGUAAAAAAUCAAUAUUUGACAGCUCUUCUGAGGAAUUAACUGAUGACGGCGAUGACCUUGUGCUUAAACAACUUGGACAAGUUCAGGCCCCUUUGUGUAGUGGUAGAGAUAGUGUAUACCAGGCAUUUAGAGAAAAAGACAUUGAUGUUAAUAUAAACUGUGAAAAUCCAAUGAGUAUAAUGAAUGAGUGGAUAAAAACUAGAAGAAAAUCAGGAUUAAAUGAUUCACUAGAGAACACUGAUACUGAAAUUCCUUCCUUAUCUGAUGAACCUCAGGGUUCAGAUAAUAAUACUCAGUCCUUCAUAGGUGGUAUUAUUAAAGCGGGGAGAUCCUACUUAGGUGAUGUUGCACUGGGGGUCAAAAGUGAUAAUACAAAUGAAAAUGAAUUUUCUUCAUGUCAGAAUUUCAGUGAUGAGUAUGAAGUACCGCUUAGUUAUAGUCCAGAAAAUGAACAGCUUUCAUGUGAAUUUGAUAAUGAGGGAUUUGGAUGCAAUUAUUCAAGUGAUUAUCAAGCAGAGGUAGGUGAAAUUUUUGAAGAUAAUGAAAUUGGUGAAGAUAAUACUACAGUCUUUUAUAACAAAGAAGAUGACAUUGAAAGAUAUGUGCUUUGUUGCAAAAAUACACUUCUUAAUGAUGAUUCUCUUGAGGCAAAAAAUUUUGGUUUAGUCCAGGAAAAAAGUAGUAAUGAGUUAAAUAUGAGUUCAGUUACUUUAAACAGAAAAAGCCAGCUUUGUGAGACAGUAGAUUCUGCUUUGACCAAGACUACACUGUCCUCUGACUUCGUAUUUUCAAGUGAACAUGUGAAUGAUUUAGGUGGCCAAAAUAUAGGCAAAGCGCAAAACUUAAAAAAGGAGAAAGCAGUAGGUUUAAACAUUGCAGACCAGAAAAAGGAUGAAGUGUCAUUUUGGAGCAAGAACAAAAGUGAAAGUGUAAGUGUUGAUCCCCAGAACGUUGUUGGAUGGGAUAAGAAAAAGCCCUGCAGUAACUCAGAAAUUUCAGAGGGUAUUGGGAAUGAUCUGGGACACUGUUCUAAAACUGAAGAGGAAAGCUCUGAGAAAAAUGUGUCUGAACAGUUCAAAGAGAAAUCUAUAAUUGAAACUAAAAAGGCAGUGACAAAUGCAAAACAGAGACAGAAGACCAGAAGUAACAGACAGAAAGGAAAGAGAAAAUUUGGAUUUUUUGAAUCUGAGAAAACUCGUGAAGGAAAAAAAAUUUUACGAGAGGUUAUGAAGGAAAUAGAAGAGGUGCGGAAAAGAAAACUAGAAGAGAGUCUGCUGCUAGCUAAUGUUUCUCAAAGUCCGUCAUUGGAUUACAAUUUCAAAACUAAAGGGAUUCAGGAAGUUAAAAAAGGAAAGAAAUCUGCAGCAUGUAAAAGGAUAAAGAGACCAGCUAGUCAGCCAACUAUGAGAGACUUUCUUCUAAAGAAAAUCACUGUUGAUGCUGCUGAAAAGGAGCACACAAAAAAGUUCAGUAUUGAAAAGGAGAGUUCAGAUGAGUUUGAGUGUGAUAAUAUGCAUAAAAAUGUUAGCUGGUCUAGGUCAGUAAAAAGGAAAGCACUUCAAGAAGACAAAGAAACUAUGGAAAAUUAUAAUCAGAAAAGAUUAAGUACUUCUGACAUAUUUGCUGAUUCAUCAGAGAUGUCUGAUAUCAGUAUUUCUUGCCAUGGCGAGGAGUCAGAGAAAAAUGAGUCUCUCGGUAGGAAACUUUUUGAUGACAUAAAUUUUCCUAAUAAGGACAGUGAAAUGGAAAAUGAGUGCAGGCGUUUGUCAUCACUUUCCUUUCUUGAAAAUAAUAGCUCUGGGCAAGAUGAGACCUCAGUGUCAGUGCACAUGGAUCCAGUAAGCAAUCUCCCUUCUUCUUUCAGUAUAGAUGAAAGUUUUCAAGUUUUAAUGGAGUCAGCUCCACAAAUUGAUCACCUCAGAAAAUGCAAGUCUAAGCUUACUGCGAUACCAGUUUCAGAGCUUUCUGAAAGGUUGGAGGAUGCUCAUGAAUACCUGAAAGGGAUUAUAAGUGAAAAAAUAUUCAGUGAGAAACAUCAAAUAUUCAAAGGAAAUAGUAAAGAUUGUCGGGAUCUGCUUAAUAUCGAGGUAUAUGCAGUCUUUGAGGAAGAGCAGUCAGAAUUUAUGAUAGAUUUAAUGAGAGAGAAAUAUUUUGAGAAACUACAGUCCUCCAUCAAGGAUAGAAAUGUGAGAAGGCAGUAUAUUUGGAAGGUUCUUGUCCCAAGCUUCUUUGUUAAAUUGGCAAUGGACGUUCUAAAUAUCAGCAGUGAAAAAGAAACAGAAAAGGAACUUAUGGAGAUUUGUAUGAACUUGGAUGACUGAAAGCUUUGUUUGAUGGUUUAAAUUAAAAGAGCUUUAUUAGGGUUUAAGAAGAAUUGAUUUGGUUGUAUAUAUCUUAUACCUAUAUUGUGUUUUGAUUUUUAUCAAUUUUUUUAUAAAGAUGUAUUUUGCUUAAUAAAAUAUUUACAAUCAGUAUUUUGAGAAGUAUGUAAGUUGCAAUUCACCACCCUAUGGUCUGUGUACUCUAAGCCAAGUUUGUGCUCCUUGUUUAUAAAUUCAAGAAAUGACAUUGGAUGUUUGUUGAAGUAGAGUUUGAUAGCUGAAAUGUGUAUUUGUUUUGCCUGCUAUUUUUUCAGUGCCAUACACAAUUUUUUUAUUAUGCUACAUCAGAUGCAAUUUAUAUGUUUUAAAAUAUAGUUUAUCAGCUUAUAUACUAGUUGCUUUCCACUUGUCAUCUUCAGAAUGGAAUCUUAAAUUAGAAAGAUAAAAAAAUCACUUGAAGAAGACAUGAGGUUGGUUUACUUGGUAAAAGUAGUUGCUAGCUAUAAUUCAAUACCCACGUUACUCAUACAACUUGUAGUUCGCCAGAGGAAUACUGUGUGCUAUAUUUUCAUAUUUUUUUAUACAUUUGCUGUGUGCCCUUGUAAACAAAUUCCUUAUAGUUUUGAAAACAAACCAAAUAUUUUAUGACCUAAACUCAAAGUAGCAUACCCCAGACACAUCCCCAAAGCAGAAUCUCCAAAUACAGUCGGCCCCCCACAAUUCACACUCAUAAUUCGCGGACUCGCCUAUUCAUGGAUUUUCUAUAGACCAUAUAUACCCAUUAUUCGCGAGAAAUUAGCCCAUUCGCGGCCUUUUUCACUGGGAAAUAUUCACAAAUUACUGUAUUUUCAUAUCAUUUUUGUGACUUAAUGCACUUUUUGUGAUAAAACUACUAAAACUGAAUUAUUGAAUUAUUUCUUUUCAUGGGUAGUACCCUACAUUUUGGUUUUCCUUUAAAUAUUUGAUCUUGUCACCCAUCUUUCAAUAGGUCUUGCUAGCAGCUGAAUUCAUAGUUUAAUGAUAAUAGCAGGUUUUUAGGUAUAUUUUACUAGAUUCGUAUAGUAUAGAUUCAGUUGUGUGAGUAGAAGUUUUUCAUUCCAGUUGAUGAAAUAAUUGGUGUUGUUAGUUAUUAUGUACAUCAGCAUAAUAGAUUUCCUAGUUUAUUACUUACAUAGUGGUUUUAAAAGGAUACUUCUAUUUGUUUAGCUCCAUUAACAUGUUAUUUAACUUAAAUGCUUUAAUAGUUUAUAAUUAUAAUAGUAUUUUAUAGUAUUUCAGUAUGUCUAUGUCGUAAGAAUACCUUUUUCCAGGUACAGUAUACUUUUGCACUGGGCAAAGAGUGCUGGAGUGUUAUGUUCUGUAGUGUGUACUCAUUCCCAGUAUUUAAGUCAAAUGUGAAUGCAGUGGCAAAAUAAACAGAAAAAAUUUAUCAAUGUAGCUGAGCAGAUGAUAUGCAUUAGUUUUCAUUGGGAAUGUCACCCAGAACUUAGAAAAUUUAAUUCAAUUGGUUCUCAAUCUGGGGAUUCAGAGAGUGAAAUGGUCCAUAUGUCUUUCCUAGCUUCAUCGGUAUAUGGGGUUGCAAAGGUAGAAUAAACAUGAAAUGUGCAAGCUCAGUUGAAUGUACAGUAAUAAUCAAAAUGUAGUCGUUAUUGCUUUGGUUUCAAAAUCUAAUGUGUAAGCAGCUGUGGAAACUGACCAGUACUAUGCAGCAGGUGAAGUGUGCCUUAGAGAUUUUAUAUGUCUACCUGAAAGGAAUGUGUAUCAGUGACCUAAGCUAGAGAGAGAAGUGGCCUCAAGCCAAUCUGACCUUUUGCCAUUUCAUUCCCUAUCGUUUGAUGCAGAAGCAGCACAGUUUGUUCAAGAGUUACAGAUGAUCUGACAAAGUUAGUCCUUUGUCUUUAGAACCAACCAGCAAAUUUCUUAAGUCUUGCUAACCUUCAGAAUCAUGACAAAUUAAUUUAUCCCUCAGCUGGUGCACAUUUAGGUAAUUAUUAUGAAAUUUUGCAAAUGAUUGUCCACAUCAUUGGAGACGGCACUUUCUACAUUUGAUUACCUGUGGGGUCAGAUGCCACAUUCUAUACCUGAUGUGAUGUGACACCUGUGUGGGGAAUGGGCAAGGAAAGUGAAAUUAGAUAUAAAUAAAAGCUGUACUCAGGGAUGAUGGAAAUUCAGGUUUCUUAGAUUCAGGGAGAUCACUUAAUUAUUUUGCAAAUACAUAAAUACUUUUUUAUUGCUAAGUAGGUUUUUCCAGCAGGACCUCAUACGGAGUGUGUAUAGAUUUGCGUUAUAAUGUGACAUGUGAGGAAAGCAUUUUGGGAUUAAACUUGUGCAAUUCAGGGAAAGUUAUGUAGCCAGCAUCAAUAAAGAAGCUUCUGCAAAUCUCUUAUGUGAAGGACGAAUGAGGAAAAUUAGAUAUAAUCAACAUAAAACAAUAUGGGCCAUGCAAAUAUAUUACUUGAGUUGAUGACUUAGUGAAAAGGUAGAACUUGGAUAAGAGUUGUAAGUGCAGUAAGGAAAUUUGAUCACUCUUCCAGUGACUAACUUCCUAUGCUCCCCAAUAUCCAACAUCAAAAAUUGUGUGGAUAAAGGAGUGACCAGAUUGUGGACUUUCCACCCCUUUACCAAUAGAUGGAAGUGAUGGAAAAGUACCAGGAAAAAUCACUUAAAUACUGUGUGAUAGAAACUUUCUGUUUUUCUAAGUGAUUUCAAGGGAAAUUAACCUUUAGAUUCUUCAACCAGUAUGUUCGAAACCAUUCAUUCUUGUAGACAUUGGCAUUUCAUGGUCCAAUUAGUAAGUAACUCAGGCAAAUAAGUAAGAGCCAGUGCAGACUUGAGACGGAUGUCCUUCGUGCCUGCUUGUGAUUACCGUCCCUGAAUGUUUAUCAUGAUUUUGUUGUUUUUUUGCCAGAAAUAUGUGUUUGUGGUGAUGCUUUUUUAAGCAAUCACCAGUUGGUUAAGAGAGAUAAUUAAAUAAAAUACAUCUCUGGUUUUUUCUUUCCGAGAAAUAUAGAUUACAAAAAGUGAGUAUCCACACUCAUUGACCUGCGCUCUGAAUCUGACUCUGAGCAACUGACAUGCCUGAAGCCCAGUCCACAUGGUCGAACAUUGCUCAGUGUGACGUCAGAAACAGAGAAACGGCAAUCAAAGCUUCGUAUAGGGCUUUCCUAAUGUUUAUCGAAGUAUCGAGGCUUUGCCUGCAGCAGGACUGUUAACUGACGGAAAUAUUUCUGAUAAACGGAUAAAGAUGUCACCUACAGAAAAGUUAUCGUAAAGCGCAAUUUCUGUAAAAACUUCACAAAUAAAUAAACAAAGGAAAAUAAGAGUUUUCUGUUAUUUUACCCUUCAUAAUGAAUACAUCAGGUAAGUAAGACUUAUGGGAACUGUGAAAACCAAAUAUAUUAACAUCCUGUAUUGUAAUGCUAUGAAAAUCUGUCAGUCUUGUCCAUUAUGGAGACAGCUUACUGACAUUUGACCAAUUAGG